UUCACGCAUGAUCCAUCUUAUCUCCUCUUUGACAUUUUCGUCCAACAAUGCAAGUCUUGAUUUUUGUUUUUAGACAACAUUAGAAGACUCAAAAGACAAGACCGACUUGGCCAGUUGAGAGAACAAGUAUGAAGACAGAGACUCAAAACAUCCUUUGUAUUCCACUGGUGAUCUUUGUCCUAUCUCUGUUCAUCAAUGGCGUAUCAUCAGCAAGAAAACCUCCAGAUCUGUGUAACAGAGUCUGCGGAGGAAUAUCAAUUCCUUUCCCGUUCGGUAUCGGUGGAAAAGAAUGCUAUCUAAACCCGUGGUACGAGGUUGUAUGUAACAGCACAACCUCUGUUCCAUUCCUCUCAAGGAUCAACAGAGAAUUGGUGAACAUCUCUCUUCCAGAUUCUACUGAGUACUACUCUAACGGAGUUGUUCACAUCAAAGGUCCCGUAACUUCCUCAGGGUGUUCUACCGGAAGAUCUCAGCCGCUUACACCGCAGCCUUUAAACGUUGCCGGCCUAGGCAGCCCCUAUUUCCUCACGGACAAGAACCUCCUCAUGGCGGUUGGUUGCAACGUCAAAGCCGUUAUGUCGGAUAUCAAAUCGCAGAUCAUAGGUUGUGAGUCAAGUUGUGACGAGAAAAACAGUAGCAGCCAACCAGUAAGAAACAAAAUCUGCAGUGGUAGUAAAUGCUGCCAGACGAGGAUACCGGAAGGGCAGCCUCAAGUAAUUGGAGUCAAUAUAGAGAUCCCUGAAGGCAAAAACACAACAGAAGGAGGAUGCAGAGUUGCGUUUUUGACGAGCAAGAAGUAUUCGACUUUUAAUAUUACAGAGCCAGAAGAGUUUCAUAGUGAUGGAUACGCGGUGGUCGAGCUUGGAUGGUACUUUGAUACUUCGGAUCCUCGUGUUUUAAGCCCCAUAGGAUGUAAAAAUGUGUCAGAUGCAUCACAAGAUGGCUGGUACGGUUCCGAGACAAUGUGCGUUUGCUCGUACGGCUACUUCUCUGGAUUCAGCUAUAGGAGUUGCUAUUGUAACUCCAUGGGUUAUGCUGGGAAUCCAUUCCUUCCAGGUGGAUGUGUUGACAUCGAUGAAUGUAAACUAGAAGAAGGACGCCAAAGGUGUAAAGACCAAAGUUGUGUGAAUAAACCCGGUUGGUUUACGUGUGAGCCAAAGAAACCAGGGCAGCUCAAACCAGUGUUUCAAGGUGGUCUUAUAGGUUCGGCACUGUUGCUUUUCGCCUUUGGAAUUUUUGGGUUGUACAGGUUCAUUAGGAAGCAGAGGAGGAUCACUCAAAUGAGAAAGUUCUUCAGGCGUAAUGGAGGUAUGUUGUUAAAACAACAGUUAGCUAGAAAAGAAGGCAAUGUAGAGAUGUCAAAGAUAUUUAGCUCAAAUGAGUUGGAGAAAGCUACUGAUAACUUUAACAAGAAUAGGGUUCUUGGGCAAGGAGGUCAAGGUACUGUUUACAAAGGUAUGCUCGUUGAUGGUAGAAUCGUCGCAGUGAAAAGGUCGAAAGCCAUGGAUGAAGACAAGGUAGAAGAGUUUAUCAAUGAAGUUGUUGUUCUCGCGCAGAUCAACCACAGAAACAUUGUUAAACUCUUGGGAUGUUGUCUUGAGACGGAAGUUCCAGUCCUAGUUUAUGAGUUUGUCCCGAACGGAGACUUAUGCAAGCGUCUUCGAGAUGAAUCUGAUGAUUACACAAUGACAUGGGAAGUGCGCCUUCACAUUGCAAUAGAGAUCGCAGGAGCACUUUCGUACCUACACUCAGCUGCUUCUUUUCCAAUAUAUCACAGAGAUAUCAAGACUACCAACAUACUACUGGAUGAGAAAUAUCAGGCUAAGGUUUCUGAUUUCGGAACUUCAAGAUCGGUGACCAUAGAUCAAACUCACUUGACCACUCACGUUGCAGGUACUUUCGGGUACGUGGAUCCAGAGUACUUUCAAUCAAGCAAGUUUACGGAUAAAAGUGAUGUAUACAGUUUUGGAGUUGUCCUUGUGGAGCUCAUUACCGGAGACAAACCAUCCUCCCGUGUCCGGUCUGAAGAAAACAGGGGUUUUGCAGCUCAUUUUGUUGCAGCCGUGAAAGAGAAUAGAGUUCUUGACAUAGUUGAUGAACGGAUCAAAGACGAAUGCAACCUGGACCAAGUGAUGGCAGUGGCAAAACUCGCUAAACGAUGUUUAAACCGAAAAGGGAAGAAGAGGCCAAACAUGAGAGAAGUUUCAAUUGAGCUGGAGGGGAUUCGUUCAUCACCUUGUAAUUCAGAGAUUCAUAAUGAUGAUGAUGAUGAUGAGGAAGAUCAAGCCAUGGAAAUCAACAUUGACGAGACUUGGGAAGUUGGUAUGACUGCUCCAGCCUCUAUGUUUAAUAACCGAUCCCCUGCGACUGAUGUUGAGCCUCUGGUUCCUCUACGAACAUGGUGAUGAUGAUCAACUCGAAACAAUGUAGUAUACCCUCAUUUGAUGAAAAAAUGUUAUGUUUGGAUUCUGAAUUUCUAGCUUUCCACAAUGUAACAAUACACACAAUUUGCAUUAUGGAACCAAUAAAUAAGUAACGUUUUAAUCUGUA